CGUUGAUUUUCACAAGUAGCCUCGAGCCUAUAAUGUGACGGGAGAGAGAGGGUGUGUUGCAACAAGAUAAUCUUGACUGUCACUUUACAUUAUUGAGCUGUGGAGUUUGCAUGGAUGACACCGGUUUGUUACUUUGUAAUGUAUAAUACCUGUAGGUUAUAGGGUCCGUAGGCUACUGAGUUUGACCGUUUCUCCUGUGUGCCAAUGACCGAUUGCCAAAUGGUGUCUUCAGAUUUCACUGCAGAUGAGAGGUUGGAGAUUGAGAGCAUGAAGAUGCAUAAGAGAGACCUGCUAGAGGACAUCCAGAAGCUAAAGAUGGAGAUUGACAAAGUCAUGGCUGAAGUUCAAGACUUUGAGUCUACAGAGGAGAACAAAGUCCUUGAGAAAGGAAAGCAGUUCUCAAGCGGGAAGAAGAAAUUCAACAUGGAGCCUAAAAAGGGUAUAAACUACCUGGUAGAGAACAAGCUUCUGGAGAGGAACCCUCAGCCAAUAGCAGAGUUCCUUUACAAGGAGGAGGGGCUCAAUAAGACUGCUAUUGGAGACUACCUGGGAGAGAGAGAAGACCUCCACCUCCAGACGCUGAAAGCCUUUGUGGACCUCCAUGAGUUCUCAGACCUCAACCUGGUACAGGCACUGAGGCAGUUCCUGUGGAGUUUCCGUCUGCCCGGCGAGGCUCAGAAGAUUGACCGCAUGAUGGAAACCUUCGCCACACGCUACUGUGACUGUAACACGGAAGUCUUUCAGUCUACAGACACCUGUUACAUCCUGUCGUUUGCCAUCAUCAUGUUGAACACCAGCCUCCACAACCCCAACGUGAAGGACAAGACCCCUCUAGAGAGAUUCAUCUCUAUGAACAGAGGCAUCAACAACGGAGGGGACCUGCCCAAUGAGCUGCUCACGAAACUGUACGACAGCAUCAGGAACGAGCCCUUUAAAAUCCCAGAGGAUGAUGGGAACGACCUGACUCACACCUUCUUCAACCCCGACAGGGAGGGAUGGCUCCUCAAACUAGGAGGCAGAGUGAAGACGUGGAAGAGGAGAUGGUUCAUCCUGACUGACAACUGCCUCUACUACUUUGAGUACACCACUGACAAGGAGCCCAGAGGCAUCAUCCCUCUGGAGAACCUGUGUGUGAGAGAGGUGGUGUAUGCACGCAAACCGUACUGUCUGGAGCUGUAUAACCCCAACAGCAGGGGUCAGAAGAUCAAGGCGUGUAAGACAGAGACAGACGGCAGAGUGGUGGAGGGGAAACACCAGUCGUACAUGAUCUGUGCCGCUACCGCUGAGGAACGAGACACAUGGAUAGAGAGCAUCAGAGCCAGCAUCACCAAGGACCCCUUCUAUGACCUGGUGUCGGUGCGUAAGAAGAAGGUGAUCAACCAGGCUCCCCAAGACUGAGACAGGACAGCACCCCCUGUGGAUCAAUCACAGUACUGCAUCACAGAGGGAGACGGAACCCCUACAGCAAAUAGCACAAUCAAUAGACUUAGGUUCAGGUUCAGUUGAACUGACUAAGCAUUGGGAACCUGGACACUUUCAACAGUGAGAAUGAGGACCUUCUACCUUAAAAAGGAAUUAGAGCUGAACUUUUGUCAUAAUGAGAAUUGAGGGAUAAUUUGUUUUGUUGCAAGAAGAGUUCCUGAGAAGACUGCUGGGGACUGAUUUGGACUUUUAUCUGGAUUAAACAGGUGGAACUGUGUACUGUCUGGAAGAGGGACUUCUCCUUUUCAACCACCACCAUGUCAAAGGACUUCCUUCUUACCCUGUGAGAUUAAAUACUGUCAUUGUCAACAGCUGUCAACGUGACCUGUACAUACUGUUUGUUGAGGUGGUGACAGAAGCGAAGCCAAGAGAGCGGUUUCUCAUGUACAUACUGCAGAUAGAUACGACCUCAAGCAUGUCUGAUUCCACCUAAUGUCCUUGUAUGACUCUUUGAUUGUGUCCCAAAUGGUGCCCUAUUCUCUAUACAGUGCACUACUUUCCACCAGAGCCUUAUGGACACUGGUCAAAAGUGGUGCACUAAAUAGGGAACAGGGUGCCAUUUAAGAUGCUGUUAUAAGACCUCUGUGUCUGGUUUAUCAUACCUGUUCUAUGUACUGGAUGUACAUCAUGCUAAUAGAUACCACCUUGAUCGUUGCUGGCUUCACCAACUGUACUGGGGCGGCAGUAUUGGGCCAGUGGCCUCGAGGCCGCUGGUUCGAAUCCCCGAGCCUCCUAGGUGAAAAACUGUUGAUGUGCCCUUGAGCAAGGCGCAUGACCCAUAAUGCUCCUGUAGAUUGCUCUGAAUAAGGGUCUCGGUUAAAUGACUGAAAUGUAUUUGUCUCUGUAUGCUAAUACUAUCUCUGAGUCGCCUGGU